CAGUCUGACCAGCUCCGAGCACGUCUCCCUGACCAGCUCUGCGCCCACCUCUAAUUGCAGGCAUGUCCGAGCGGCGGAUUCCCUUCAGCUUCUUGCGCAGCCCCAGCUGGGACCCUUUCCGGGACUGGCACUACCCCAGCCGGCUUUUCGACCAGUCCUUCGGCAUGCCGGCUUUGGGCUGCGACUGGGGCGCGGACUGGCAGGGCAUGUGGCCGGGUUACAUGCGUCCCUUCCCUGCAAUUGGAGCCAGGGCCCCGGCGGCGGCGGAACCGGUGGCGCAGAUCCCAGCGCCCACCGCUGUUGCUGCUCUCAGUCGCCAGCAGAGCACCGGCAUCUCGGAAAUCAAGGUCACCUCGGACAAGUGGAGGGUCAACUUGGAUGUCAACCAAUUCGCCCCCGAGGAGAUUACCGUCAAAACCAAGGAUGGAUAUGUGGAGAUUAACGGUAAACAUGAGGAGAGACAAGAUGAACAUGGCUUCAUUUCAAGAUGUUUUACUCGAAAAUAUCUCCUCCCUCAAGGCAUCGACCCUGGUAUAGUUUCUUCAGCACUGUCACCCACUGGUGUGCUAACGGUCGAAGCAUCAAUGGUCAAACCAGCUCUGCAGUCUUCUGAGGUCACCAUCCCUAUUACCUAUGAGACUAAAGCUGAGAUUGGAGUGCAGGAUUCAAAGAAGACAAAUGAAGCAACGAAGAAGUGACUGCCGUAGCAAAGAAGAGUGUACCCAUCUCAAAUAGCAGGCAAUGCACCAAGACAGCACAUAAUACCCAGAACUGCACUGAUAGACUGACCUGAUCCAAAGUAGCUAACACAAUACUGUACUGAGAAAGCUAUUGCAGGAUCACAAUAGUCAACCAUUGCCACCAGCUAACACCAAUGCAAUUAAUUGGGUGUGAGCUAAUCAUACUUAUUGCCUCAAUAGUUUGUAGUCAGAUUAUUAAAUAUUUUCUGUUUAUAUUCUAGACUUUGGCAAAAAUAAUUUGAACUUUUCAAAAGUUAAAAUCAUAAAUCAUUAAAUGAUUACAGCGUACAAUGAGACCAUCAUAUUCUUUCAAGUGCCUUAGAAUCACGGAAUGACUUUGUACCACAAUUACAGGCAGUGGUUCUAGUUCAUGUCCACUUUGCAUAUUUCUCAUAACCCUUCUGUAUCUUUUGCUUUGACACAACCAUAUAAAUGUGUUACCAAAUUAUUUGUUGGAUCAAUAUUAAACUUUAUUAAUAAAAUGAAUGGUGAGCAAAAAAAUAAAUGUUAUCAUAUUAAUACAA